AUGGCAUAUUUUACUGUUGUGUCAAAUCGUGGUAGUUAUAGAGCAACUUCUCAUGAAUUCAAAUUGCUUUUUCUUCACCGAAUCACUGUUGUAGCUGUUGAUGAAGAUGUUAUCCCUAAGACUUGUUUCAACAUGUUUACUUUUUCUGAGCUGCUAAACAUGACCCAAGAUUAUGAUUUUUUAGUUGAUGUGUUGUGUUUAUUUGGAAUAGAUGUCAUUGGUCUUUUAACUUCAGUCGGAGAAGAGAAAGAAUAUGCAAAAGAGGGGAAAAUUGUGAAAAUGAUUGCAUUGGAAUUAACUUCAAAAGAUCUUACAGUGCGAUGUGCAUUGUUUGGGGAUUAUGUUAAUCAAGUAAAUCAUUUCCUUGGCUCUGGCUAUGUGGAGCAACCUGUUGUAGUCAUUCAACUUGCAAAAGUGAAGUUCUUUAGGGGUAUGUUGUUGUUUUUUUCUGUACAUCUCAUGGCUGCUCUAGGUGUUGUCUCCAAUAAAAUUUUGCUAGACUCUUUCUUUGUUGCUGUGUAG